AUGAAGCUGGCGUACCUGUUCCUCGGCCCCAUGGCCCUCCUCCUCCUGGCUGGCUGCUGCUGUGUCCUCAGCACCUCCAGCGGGAACCUGCACACCUUUGUGGGCUGUGCCGUCAGGGAGUUUACUUUCUUGGCCAAGAAGCCAGGCUGCAGGGGCCUUCGGAUCACCACCGAUGCCUGCUGGGGCCGCUGUGAGACCUGGGAGAAGCCCAUUCUGGAGCCCCCCUACAUCGAAGCCCACCAUCGAGUCUGUACCUACAACGAGACCAAACAAGUGACCGUCAAGCUGCCCAACUGUGCCCCGGGGGUCGACCCUUUCUACACCUACCCCGUGGCCGUCCGCUGUGACUGCGGGGCCUGCUCCACGGCCACCACCGAGUGCGAGACCAUCUGACGCUGGCGUGGCCGGCAGCACGGGUGGCAGCCUGGAGCCUCGCAGAGACCCACCGGCACGGGCAGCACCAGCAGCACCAGCAGCGAUGACCCCUGGAUUCGAGGACUGUUUAAUUUGGACCACACUGUGGAGGAGGUUGCCUGUCUCCCUUGGGUUCAGCUCAGGCACCAGGCCCGGAGGCAGCACACAGCCAACAAAAUGCAAAGUCACACCUGUGCCUUCACUAGAAUAAGUUCUCUGGUUCACACACCUGCAAAUUAAUUUUCCUCUACCUUGAAGCUCAGGACAUAAUUUGUAUAGCACCAUCGUGGGUUUAUAGCACGCCAGUGGUUUCAAUGCAGUGGGCGUAAUUAGGAAAUGAGGCUAGGAAGUCUUUAAAUUCUCAUGUCCUCCUUAAUGACUGGCCUCCAAUAGAUUUAUGACGAAAGGGCCAGAAAUCAAUAAAACCGCUGCUUUAGUUCCCCUGCCUCCACCCCAAAUCCCACUGCAAGCUUCCUGAGAGAAAGUCCUCCCUCUCCUUGGAACUGGGCAAUUAUUAAAGCAGGUAGGGAAAUGGUAGCUCAAAAGGAAAGGAAUCUGGAUUUGGGUGAUUUUUUUUUUCCAAGCAAAAUUCCCUGGGUCCCCUCAAGAUCCUUAAUAAAGAGGCUCCUUUUCAAUAAAAGUUCUCUGAAACAAUAGGGAAUGGCAGCUAUCAUUUACACUUAAAAACGUACAAAAUUAAACUCAUGUGUUUAGACUCAUGGGAUGCUCUCCCAAAGCUAUGCCCCAAAUGAUGAACCACAAAUAUUCUUUCCCAUUUAGCCUAUUUGAAAUUGAAAUUGUAAUUUCUUUUAAACUCAGAAAAAAUGUUUGUAAGGGGUAAGACUGCGUUGCUGGCUCGGGGAACGUGAUUGUGUAGCCGUUGCCCGCUCUAAGGCCUCUGGCAGGUGGUUCUCUGGCUCUUUUAAAACUCUAGUGCUUUGCAAGUGUCUUUAAUUCUGACAUUUUGGGGGUUGAAAUUGACCUUGUUCCUUUUCCACAAUAUGCCAUAAGAAUCUUAUUACUGCAAAUAAAGCCUGUCUUCUGUCUUUUGAAUUGAUGAGAACUUUCCAAAAUAGUUUUUAAUACACCUGGGACAACAAUAACAGACCCUCUUUAAAAUGAACCAUGAGGUUCCUUGUACCUUCAUGUAGGAUGUCGUGUUUAGGAAGGAACACACAGAGCCGGCUGGGUAGCGUGAGUCCCUGACGCUUCUAUCCCUGACG